AUGGAAUUAGUACAGAUUCGAGAAUCUACCAGUAUCGAAGAUAAAGAAGUCAACGAUCUGAACUAUCAAGAAAGGGAAAACUACUUUGUUUCGCAAGGAAGCAGGGAAUUCAUUGAUUUCGAUCAGUUGAGUGAAAUUGAGGAUACAAGCAGUCAGGAAUGUCCAGAACGUGACGGUUUGUUCCCGCAUCCUACUGAUUGCCAUUUGUUUAUUCAAUGCGCAAAUAACAUUGCAUAUGUGAUGCAAUGUCCAGCGACCACUUUCUUCAAUGACGCAAUCAAAGUUUGCGAUCACAUGACGAAUGCGCCGGAUACAUGCAUCUAA